GACUCAGUGACGCUUUUAUGUUGGCGAAUCGAAAAGUAACUAGAUUUGAUCUUAUAAAUAAAAAAUCAACGGAAAACGUGACAGCAACAGAAAGAACAAACUAGAAACUACAAAGAAAUUUUUGUGCAAAGUAUUUUAAUUUUGGUGUCGAGUUUAUAAAAAUAUAUUAAUCAAUAUGAAUCGAGAAGAGUUGCAGAAAAAUAUAUGUUACUCCGAAAAAUAUUAUGAUGAUAAAUAUGAAUAUAGACAUGUAGUACUUCCUAGAGAAAUGGUUAAGUUAGUACCUAAAACUCAUUUAAUGUCUGAAGAUGAAUGGCGAGGAAUCGGCGUACAACAAAGUAAAGGAUGGGUACAUUAUAUGAUACAUUUACCAGAACCGCAUAUAUUACUUUUCAAACGACCUAUCACCACACCACCUCCGUCGAAGAGUUAAAUCGAUAACUGUACAAAAACAUUUUUUUUAAGUUUUAGAUAGUUUACUUAAAGUAAAAAUACCAACAUCUCACUUAUUCUAUUCACCACUUAAUUCUGGCGUUUCAUUUUUUUUCUAUUUAAAUUUAUUGUAUGUAUCUUGACACAAUCCCAUUGUGGUAAAGAAACUCUCAUAAUUGUGCAGUUGAUGAAAACUAAAAAAAUCUGUCGGGGGUAAAUUUAUUUUGAAUCUUGGGCAGUAAAAUUACGAAUUUUUUGGGGGUAAAAUACCUUCUUUUAUAGAAUAUAAUAAAUUUUUUAUACAUAAAGUUAAUUGGGAUUGAAAUAUGUAGAUUUUAUUGAAGGGUUUUGUUUUAUCUUUUUGUAUUUCGAUAAUUUUCACUUAUAUUAAGGGUAAAUACAGUUCUUAGGAAUCUCAGCUCUGAUGCUUGAAGAUCUAUGCAACGAUAUAUUUUUGGAUCUUCAAAAUUUUAUUAUGAAAUUUAUUGGGUACGGAAUAAUUGAAAUUUUUAUUGAGGAUAAAUACAAAUGUCCUUUUUUAAGUAUCUAAUCUUUUUUAGGCCCAGCAAUUACAAUCAUGUCUGAAAAAGUUUAUUAACUGAAAUAUUUUACGGAAAAUUCAUAAAAAAAUUUUAGGGGGUAGUUUUUCCAUUUGCCUCGAGUCUUUUGACCAGUUCACUGUGCUUCAGUAUGUGUAGUUGAUUUAUGGUUUUCGUCAGAUGGAUUUUUCUAAUUUUUGCACUAUUUAAAGUAAAUUAUCCAUAUAAGAUUAGGGAUGUUUAAAAAUGGUAGAGUUGUCAAUGUUGCCCUUGGAAGUCUUAUAAUAUCUCUUGAAAAUCUUCAGAUUAUGUCUCACAAUUGUGUUAAGUUAUCCUAAAUAAUGAAACUAGGCUUCCUCUGGUUAAUCAGUCAAGUGACUCGUAAAGUUUGUUGUAAAUCUGCUUAUUGUGACUCAAAAUUGUAGUCAGAUGCUUAAAUAAUGAAUUUAGGACUUACUUCCUUCGAUUACUGGUUUAUCUAGGGUAAAGUAUGUUGUAAAUCUGCUUAUUAUGUUUCAUAAUUGUGCUCAGACACCUAAAUAAUGAAUCAACGCCUUCCUACCUUUAAUUACUGAUUAAUACGUCAAGUGACAGCUAAAAAUUAUUGGAAAUAUUUUCAUUGUGUCUUAUAAUUGUGCUCAAUUACCUAAAUAAUGAAUUAACGCUUUCCUACUUUUGAUUACUGGUUAAAUGUGACAUUUAAAAAUUGUAAAUAUUCUCAUUAUGUCUCAUAAUUGUUCUCGGAUACAUAAAUGGUCCAUUAAACCUUCGGUCUCUGUGAUUACUGGUUAGUCUGUCAAGUGACUAGAAAGGAUACUGCAAAUAUUUUCAUUAUGUCUCAUAAUUGUGCUAGGAUACAUAAAUUAUGCAUCAAAGCUUCAUUUUCAACAAUUACUGGUUAAGGGUCAAGUGUUACUAUCAAGUGACUAGUAAGGCUGCUGUGUAAAUCUGCUAAUUAUGUCUCAUAAUUAUGCUAAGAUACCUAAAUAAUGAAUCAACGCCUUCCUACCUUUGAUUACUGGUUAAUCUGUCCAGUGAUAGUUGAAAUUUGUUGUAAAUAUUCUCAUUAUGUGUUAUAAUUGUGCUCGGAUACAUAAAUUAUGCAUCAAAGUUUCCUUUUCUUCAAUUACUGGUUAAUCUGUCAAGAAAGGUUACCGUGAAUCUGCUGAUUAUGUCUCUUCAUCUGUCAAGUAACCUUUGAAAAUUGAUGGAAAUAUUUUCAUUAUGUCUCAUAAUCGUGCUAGGAUACAUAAAUUGUCCAUUAAACCUUCCGUCUUUCUGAUUACUGGUUAAUCUGCCAAGUGACAAGUAAGGUUGCUGUAAAUCUGCCCGCGUCAGCCGCCAACUUGAACAAAAAACAUUUUAUCGAAUAUGUCGCGAACUGCGCUUCGUACGACAAAAAUAGUGGAGAUCAUUUUUAUAGAUAAUAAUUUUUGCCAUCUUUUUUAUUUGAAACUUUUUUUUGUAUAACGCACAGGUUUUUAAUUAUACGCCUCACUCGGAUUUCCAUCAGGGGACAACCCCGAACAUAUUUUUAAAAAAAUCCGUUCUCUAGAACUUAAAAAAAAAGAAAAAAGUUCCUGCGCUUGGCCUAUCACAACGUAAGCAGUUGAUACCCACACAAAUGUUGAUAUUUUAAUGUUUUGUUUAGGAUUAAAAUAAAUUUUUUUGUGGCCAAUUUUUACAGCAUCACAUGGAAAUCAUUAAUCACGCGUCUGUCAUCAAAACUAUUUUAAAAUAACAAUGAUCUAAAUAUAAAUAGAUAAAUCCAUCUGGAAAGAAUGUAUACAAUCGAUCUAUAUUUGUUUAUAAUAUAAUAAAUAGAUAUAAUAAUACUCGGCAUAAAUAUUUUUUUUAUUUAUACAUAAAUCAUCAAUCAGAAUCAAAAAGUUAUUCUGUAAGAUAAUUGGCUGGUAUAUAAAUAUCUCCCAAGUACUUGUCGGAAACUCCAAAAGAGGAUUUCCUCCUAUAACAACCUCCACGUGUCCAAUUUACUCAGGAGUUCGAACGGAUUUCGUACUGCUACAUCUUUUGCCCGUUGUUUCACCGAUAUUUUCGAAAAUUUUCACCUAAAACUUAAUUGGAUUUGAACUAGGCACUGACUAAUUGCGAGCUAGCGAGUUGCGCGUUAGUUAGAUAAUAGAUCGAACGCGAACGCGCGAUAUUCGGUCGCUCGUAUACCUGCUCGACGCUGGCUAACUAUUUCUUUUGCAACUCCUAAAAUAUUUCGAAUUCGCUUCUGAAAUUUUAGAUACACAUUCUUGGAUAGUUUCUGACGAUAUUUUUGCACAAAAAUCGAUUUUUCGAGGAUUUUCUUGGAAGAAAAAACAUCCGAUUGACUCUUCAAUUUUUUUUACAUGUCGCAAUUUCCAUCUGUAACAAAGAAUCCAAAAAAUUUAUUUCUCAAUAGUAUAACUUCUAGUUGAACCAAGAAAAUCAAACAAAAAGUGAAAAAUUCGACAAUUUUUCGCAAAUUGAAAAAAAAUUUCACUAAGAUUGCUUAGAUAGUCGGUUAAUCUUAAUUUUCUUAAUGUUUUUUUACUAGAAGAGAAUUUAAUUCCGAACACAAUCCAUUUUGUCUCGUUUCGAUAGGACGUUUAGUUUUUUGUCUAUCUUUCCCGCCAAUUAGGAAAAAUCGCCAACAAAACGCGCGUCAAAGUUUUCGUAUAUAAAAAAUCAUAGUUUUCUUGAACUCAACGCAUUAAUCAGCGAUUCCUGAGUUGCUCGUUAGUCCCUCGGGGUUUAUAAUACGUUCAAUAGAUCGAAGGGCCGGAUAGCGCGUUCUCCGAGCGAUUCGGUCGCUCGUACACCUCACUAUUUCUUCGUAAUUCCGAAAAUAUUUCGAAUUCGCUUCUGAAAUUUUAGGGACACGUUCUUGGAUAGUUUCUGACAUUUUUGCAAAAAAAUCGAUUUUUGGAAGCCCCUAAAGCAGGCUCCCCCUUGAAGGUAGCAGAAUGUAUAACUUUAUGUGUUACUUCGCAUAUGAAAAUAUUAAUUAGGUAGUUGGAUAAGUAUAACGUAGAAAAUUGGUUAUUUCAAAGGUGAAGUUUCUACACGUGUUGUACACUAAAUUAUUUCUACUUCCCUUAUUUAACAAAUACUAAAUGUGGUGUAAUAGGAUAUGAAAGUAACAAUUUUUUUUGGAGGGAAUUUAAAUAUUUCAAAUUGUCAUCGUUACUGAUUUUAUAUCUAUAGAUGAAGGUAUUUUUACUAUAAAUGUUUAAUUUAUCAAAAUAAAAGGCUGUAAUGGAAAUAGAUCAGUAGCUUUUAAUCGUCCUUAGAUUUACAUGUAUUAUAUCAACUUUUCUACAUUUUUUAACAAUAAACAUUGAUCUUUUUUGCUUUUAA